ACGAGUAGCAGAUAUGACGUGAAGUGCAGUUUUGUGCGAUUGUUACGCACACAUAUUCCAUAUUUGCAUACAUUUUAUAUCAUUAAUUAAAAAUAAUAAAAGGGCUUGAGCUUUGGAAAGCAAGAAAGCCAAUAAUAAUAAAUAAAAAACUACAAUCUAAUUUGAGUGAGAAAAAAACAGCUGCGGCAAAAAUGGCAGAAAAUAAACAGAACGACAAGAAGGAACUUGAUGAUUUGCUUGACAACGCUUUGCAAGAUUUCGAUAAAAACAACACAUCUGUCAGUGCAGGUGAUACAAGCAAAAAUGUGACUGCGAAUGGGGCGGUGGGUAGUAAUGCCUCGGAUGCCGGUACAGCUGCAGAUCCCGACGCAUUUUUUAUUGAACAAGCGAAUGUCUUAGCGGAACGCAUGCAAACGCUUUUCGGUGGUCCGAACACACCCAGCGGUGAAUUACCACCACUGCCGCAAGAUCCCGAUCAAAUUUUGGCUGGAUUCAAAAAAAUGGCCGAAGCGGCAGCUAUGACCUUGCAGGGUGAGAAUCCAGCAAGUGACGAAGAAGUGGCCAAAUAUUCUGACAGUAUAGCUCAAGCACUUAAGGGUCUACAAGAGGGUUCGGAAAAUUUAAGUGCGCCGGUUUCUGAGACAGAUGUCGCUAGCAUGUUUAAUGGGCUGAAUUUAGAAAAUCCUGGAGAAAGUGAAAACAAUAUGUUCCUACCGUUUAUGGAAGGUAUGAUGCAAAGUCUACUGAGUGCGGAAAUAUUGUUGCCAAGUAUUAAAGAGUUGGUUGAAAAGUACCCGAAAUAUUUCGAAGAGCAUGGUGACAAGAUUAGCGCUGAAGAUCGAGAUAGAUAUGAAAAGCAAUUGGAACUCUACAAAGUGCUAGAGAAACAGUUGGAGGCAGAAAAACAGGACGAUUCAGCAGCCGUUAAGCGAGAAAAAUUCAAAGCCGUAUUGGACCAUAUGCGUAGACUGCAGGAAUUUGGAAACCCGCCAGAAGAAAUCUUGGCCGAAACGGCUGGCGAUUUGCCAAUAUUAGACCCAAAUUUAGCAGGUGGCGCUGGUGCUGGAGCGAACCCUCAAUGUCCUAUGAUGUAGUGGGAAUACUUUUUAUAACAUAGUAGGUGUAGAUGGUAUGAAGAUUGCUCGUGGAAUACAUGAAGGCCAAACACCAAGAUCCGUUACGAAAACGCAAUUCUUAUAUAAAUUAGCAUUUUCAGUUAUUUAAUUUGGCAAUAACAUUUUUGUUGUUGUUUUUGGCAAUACAUUUAUCCUUUACAUUAAUUCAAAUUAUUUUCGUUUUAGUUUGUUGAAUUACAUUAGGUAUAUCAUUUACUGGUUUGAUGUGUAAUAUGAAAUACUAAUAAUACAUAUUUAUUGUCAAUGUUUUUGAAUGAAAAAAUUAACUCGUAUUAA